AGCAGGAGAAAGAAGCCAAAAAAGUCCAUUCUGGUAAUUCAUGCAAGGAAAGUGUAGUUUCUCAUAUUCUCUAACUCACCUCAGUCAUCUGAGGUCACUUCCAUUUCUCAAGAGAAGAGCCUAGAAGAAGAAAAAAUGGCUGUUGGACUUCUUAAAGCCAUGUACCAGGAAUUAGUGACCUUCAGGGAUGUGGCUGUAGACUUCUCCCAAGAGGAGUGGGAUUGUCUGGAUUCUUCUCAAAAGCAUUUGUAUAGUAAUGUGAUGUUGGAGAAUUACAGGAUCUUGGCAUCACUGGGUCUUUGCUUUUCUAAGCCAAGUGUAAUAUUAUUGCUGGAACAAGGAAAAGAGCCAUGGAUGGUGAAGAGAGAGCUGACAAAUGGUUUGAGCUCAGGUUGGAAAUCUGUAUGUGAUACUGACAAAUUAACACCAAAGCAGGAACUUUAUGAAGAACAGUUAUCGCAGAAGAUAAUGGAAAAAUUUACAAGCUGUGACCUUAAGUACUCCAGUUUGAGAGAAGACUGGAAAUAUGAAGACAGUUUUGAGAGGCAACCAGGAAAUCAAAAUGCAUGUUUUAAGGAAGAGACAAUCCUUUAUACAGAAGCCUUUGUUGAUAAAAGAGACCAAGAUUAUAAUAAAUCUUGGGCAAGUUUCUAUCCGAACACUUUCCUUCAUGCACAACAGAUAAUCCCCAAAGAGGAAAAAGUAUAUAAACAUGAUACAUGUAAGAAAAGAUUUAAAACAAAUUUAGUGACUAUUAGACCUAAAACUGUCUAUGCAGAGAAAAAACUUUUGAAAUGUAAUGAUUGUGAAAAAGUGUUCAGUCAGAGCUCAUCCCUUACUCUUCAUCAAAGAAUUCAUACUGGAGAGAAACCCUAUAAAUGUGUAGAAUGUGGAAAAGCCUUCAGCCAGAGAUCAAACCUUGUUCAGCAUCACAGGAUUCAUACUGGAGAAAAACCCUAUGAAUGUAAGGAAUGUAGGAAAGCUUUCAGUCAGAAUGCACAUCUAGUUCAACAUCUGAGAGUUCAUACUGGAGAAAAACCUUAUGAAUGUAAGGUAUGUAGGAAAGCCUUCAGCCAGUUUGCCUAUCUUGCUCAGCAUCAAAGAGUUCAUACUGGAGAGAAGCCCUAUGAAUGUGUGGAAUGUGGGAAAGCAUUUAGCAAUAGAUCAUCCAUUGCUCAACACCAGAGAGUACAUACUGGAGAAAAACCUUAUGAAUGUAAUGUCUGUGGGAAAGCAUUUAGCCUUCGUGCAUACCUUACUGUACAUCACAGAAUACAUACUGGAGAGAGACCCUAUGAAUGUAAAGAAUGUGGGAAGGCCUUUAGCCAGAAUUCACAUCUUGCACAACAUCAGAGAAUACAUACUGGAGAAAAGCCUUAUAAAUGCCAGGAAUGUAGGAAAGCCUUUAGCCAGAUUGCUUAUCUUGCUCAACAUCAAAGAGUUCAUACUGGAGAGAAACCUUAUGAAUGUAUCAAAUGCGGGAAGGCGUUUAGCAAUGACUCAUCCCUUACUCAGCAUCAGAGAGUCCAUACUGGAGAAAAACCUUAUGAAUGUAAUGUUUGUGGAAAGGCUUUUAGUUACUGUGGAUCCCUUGCCCAACAUCAAAGAAUUCACACUGGAGAGAGACCAUACGAAUGUAAAGAAUGCAAGAAAACCUUCAGACAACAUGCACAUCUUGCUCAUCAUCAGAGAAUUCACAUUGGGGAAUCACUUUCACCGCCCAAUCCAGCCAACCACCAAGUCCUAUAAAUCCUAUUUACCAAAUAUUCUUGGAAUGUAUAUACUUGUCACUCAUUAAUGUUGUCACCUUACGGCUUAAGAUGCAUCUCACUGCUUUCUACCAGAUUUUCCUGUAUUCAUUUUUUUUUACCCUGAAAUUCAUUCCCAUAAUGCAAACAUCUUUACAAAGUAAAAAAUUAACAUAUUACUAUGUCCAGUUAAACUUUUUUUGCUUACUGUUGUUUUUAGAUUCUUAUCUGCAGCCUUUGAAAUUGUGACACUCUUCAUUAUUUAUUUUAAUAUACCAUUCAGUCUUAUUUUAUUCCAGUCUCCUCUAGGCACUAGGCACUUCCCAGGACUAAGACUUUACAUUCUGGAAACUCAAAGCUGCAUCACUAUUAUGACAUUGUGUGACUGAACAAUUUCUGUAAACCUCAGGGUUUUAAUUCUUAAAAUAGGAGUAAUAAAAUACAUUAUAUUGUAGAAAUGUGACUAAUAAACGAAAUAGUGUCUGUUGUAA